GGCUGAGGUGUUGACGAUGUCAAGUCUCGGCGGGGCUUCACAAUGGCUUGGUCCCGGCUCCCACAUCGCAAGGGCGUCAAUGACAACUCUGACGUAGACGCUGACAAAACAUGGAACAAAACAAACGCCCUUUGGUAAUAUUAAUCGUGUAAUCUCUGAAUUCAAUCAUUUCUUCUUGAACAAUUCAAUAAGUUGAGCUCACUGCCAGAUCUCGAACCUUCGUACCUUAGUUAGAAACCCCGUCACUUGUCGGUCGCAUCUCACUCACCUCUCACUCCACGACACUCUUCACCACGAUAUCCUGAAACACCCAGACACCCAAACACCGACCCAAGGAUGGCUUCAUCCUCUUCCUCCGGCCCAAAGCCCACUACCGUAGCAGGAGGCUGCCUAUGCGCCGCCCUCCGAUAUGAAAUCACCUUCUCAGACACCCACGACUUCUCCGCCAACGCCCAGACGUGCCAAUGCACCCAGUGUCGCAAGCAAUCCGGCGCUCUCUUCGUCGCCUUUCACCGCGUCCCCUGGCCAAUGAAGUGGACAUCUCCAAAGGGCACAUCGACGCUGCGCGAGUUCAGCAUCACGCCCGUAGCGCAACGAGGAUCCUGUACGGAAUGCGGCUCGUGGCUUUACUAUCGCAGUGAAGCGGAGGAGUGGAGUAGUGUCUGUCUUGGGACGCUUGACCAGGAGGCUCUCAUUGGGGACAAGAGUCAAGGAGGAGGGUAUGGUGCGAUACUAGCGAGUGGUUUGGGUGGGCAUGAGUGGUGUGAGAAUGAGAUACCAGGCGUGACGGAUGAUAUUCCCAUGUUGAGGAGGGGACAGAGGAAUCAGCAGAGUGGGAGUGAUGCUGUAGCCGUAAAGGCUAAGCUGUGAAAUAUGACUGGUGUAAGCGCUUUGAGAUGUGAAUUGAAGCUUGAUAGUAUUCAAAGAUCGCGACCUUCAUAAACUCACUCAACCGUUCCUCAUACGCUCGAAGUGAGUGAGAUCCAGCAGCACAAGCCCAAGUUAUCACCGCCCACGAAGCCAUCUCAUCGUCGACCCCUUCCCCUUCCUCCCCUCAUCCUCGU